UAUUAUUAUUACAGAUUUUAUUAAAAAUAUAUAUAUUUGUAGUGGUUGCACAAUGAAAUCCAAAUAUUAUUACUACUAGCAAAUCACUCAUAAAAGAACAAAUUCACUGGCUUCUUCUUAUCUUAUCUUUAACUGCGUCUAAUUACUUGCAAUGGACGUUUAUUUCCAAAACCCUAACCCAUUUUCUGGAGUUGAUAAUAUACCCCCUCCUCUUUCCUCUGAUUUCAUUAACGUAUCUGAUUAUCUAGUUCUUGAUGAUGAUGUUGUUGCUAAUCCAAACUCUAAUUGGUCACUAAGUUCAGAAACUCCUGAAUCAUCGGAUAAAGCAGGUUCCAUCAAUGAUAUUAAUGUCAUUAAUCAAGGGUUUAGUGAUGAGAUUGAAACCUCUAUCAACAACAACAGCAACAAUAACAUGAACAUAAAACGCAAAAGUAGAGGGAUGAAUGAAACUACAGUGGAAGUGACUCCAAGGGUUACGUUUAGAACGAGAUCGCAGUUUGAGAUUAUGGAUGACGGAUACAAAUGGAGGAAGUAUGGAAAGAAGUUUGUGAAAAAUAACUCCAACCCAAGGAAUUACUAUAAGUGUUCAUGUGAAGGAUGUGGUGUGAAGAAGAGGGUGGAAAGGGAUAGGGAAGAUACAAGGUAUGUGUUGACGAGUUAUGAUGGUGUCCACAAUCACGAGAGCCCCUGUACUUUGUCGUACUACGCUCCACCAACAAUGUCUUUGGUGUAUUCCAAUGAAUGGCAACUGCAGCAGCAGGCUUCUGCAAACUCAUCAUCUUCUAAUUAUUCAACUAAUACUAAUUAGUUAUGUCUAUAAGUAUAUAUGUGUGUAUAUAUAGCUAGCUCUUAUUAAUAAAAGCAUGCGAAGGUUUGAUGGAGUUGUUAAGUUA